CUAAGGUAAAAUGUACCAUAUAAACGAUGCAAAAAUCGUUCAAAGUCGUAUUUCUUUGCACACAAGACAAGUCAUAAACAUUGUGUCGGAGGAGGAGGGGCUUGUUUGCCUGACUUAGGUCUGUGAUUCAUAUCUUCGUCAUGACAAUACAUUUUGAUUUGGUUGGUUUAUCCUAACAUGCCGUUCUCAUGUUACUGCAAGAAUAAACGGAGAACAGAAAAAAGUGUACAGGCUGUCGACAAGUUUACUUAACUUCCUCUUGGGUCGCUGUGUCUCCAGUUGGGUAAUAUCUCCCGUUUAUUUCAGGGUUUGCCUCAGUUCCUGUUAGUCAAUGCCUCAGACAGACUUGAUGGGGAAAAUGUGAUGCAGUGUGGUGUGCUACCUCAAAAGAUGGACUAAAGACGAUUUUCAGACUUCAUGUGUGACCCAGCUGGAUAUCUAACUGCUCUAAAUUUAUUUUAAAAAGGGGAUUUCUUUGAUUUCUUGGUUAUAGGAUAAAAUAAUGUGUUCAUUUCUAGUCCUGUUCAUUCUGAUUGCAACCUCAGUUUGUGAAGUCCUGUCACUGAGGAACUUCACUCACCGCAGCGCCACGUUGCAAUGCCACAGUGUUGAUACUCAGCAAGUCCUCGGAGGCACCACCAUCAGAACGUACUCAAAACCCAGCAAAAUAUCAUGCAUCUGGGAGUAUAUAAAUCAGGAUAGGGGAAAGGGUGUGCCAGAGAUACUCACAUGCAGCUGGGAGCAUCAGAUGAAUUCUUCAAUGAAAAUAAACUAUACUGUGCUGAGUGUUCCUUCCCUGAGUGAAAUCUGCAGCUCGCAUGUGAAAACAUGCAUAUUCACUGAUACAGCUGGUAAAAUACCUUUUGUGGUGAAUACCACUGUCAUUGUGAGAGCCAAAACUGCUGCUUGGGAAGUUAACUCCGACCCUCAAACAUUUUACCCCUAUCACAUAUUGAAAAUUACUCCUCCGAAGUUGAACAUAACUGCCCUCUCUAAUGCUCUGUUGGUUGAAUGGACCCGGUCAUCUAUAAAAAAGUCUGAAAAAUGUCAUUGUGAAGUCAGAUAUAACAAGUGGGUGCUCAGGAAGACUCUAGACCCUGAACCUAUAAGCACCAUAAUCAUUGAAAAAUUGGAACCCUGCACUAACUACAAAAUAUCAGUCCGCUGUGCUUUAGACCACGCCCCCUGGAGCGACUGGAGCCAGGAGAAGACCGUUCUGACCAAACUAAAUAAGAGCGAUGUCAAGUUGCGUCUGUGGAGACAGGUAGCCAAACCAGACAAAAAUGGAGUUAGACAAGUUCGCACCAUGUGGACGGAGAUUCCUUCGACAUGCCAAGGCACAUUUACCCACAUUGUCAAACAGACUUCCUACAAGGAACACAUGCGUGGAGUAAAUUAUGCGGAUAUAUUGUGUGGCAACUCAACAUGUGUUGUUGAUGUGAACCAAGAUGCACACAGACUAAAUCUCACAGUCUUCCAUAAUGAAGCCUUGCUUGCGGAGGACUCCGUUUAUGUUCCAGCCAUUGGAGAAAGCCUCCCUCAAGUGACAGACAUGCAGACCUCAACUCUUGAUGGUGUUAUUCUGGUCAGCUGGAAGGCUCCUGUUCAGCCUGUCAGUGGUUACAUGAUCGACUGGACCCACAAUGGGAAUCAAUACUACUGGAAGGAAAGCAAAUACACCAACAUAACACUAUUUGACCUCCUGUACAAGAAGCCGUACAAUAUUACAGUAACUCCACUCUUUGAUGACAAGACAGGUCAUGGCACAGAAGCCCUUCAGAUCUGCUCCAGAAUGGAAGAUCCAGGAAAUGUCACCAUCAUCGAUGUUCAGACUAAAGACAAAAGCGCCUUGGUGAGAUGGAACAUGAAGUCACAGGAGGAAUGCAGUGGUGUCGUUGUGAACUACACAAUUUUCUACAUGACACAGAAUGGACCACAGCUCAAUGUUACUGUAGAUCACACAAAGCGGGAAAUCUCUUUGAAAGAUCUGAAUCCAAAGACCCAAUACAGUGUCUAUGUUGAGGCCAUAGCUCUUACUGGAACAACCAAAAGCAGUGAAAGGCACUUUAAUACCAAGAAAUUUGAUCCAAUGCUGAUCACAGCGCUUAGUGUCUGUGGAAGCAUCGUCAUAGUUCUUGUGUUAUCUCUGGGAUUAUGCUGCGCUGUCCAAUGGAAGAAAUUCAAGGAGAAGCCGGUGCCGAACCCUGGCCUCAGUUCUGUGGCAUUGUGGCCAUCGGCAAGUCAUCAAAAGGGAACAAGCUCCUUCCAGCCAUUCAGUAAUCCAUCCGAAAGCCUCUGUGAAAGGGUUUAUAUGGAGGAUGAUCAGAGAACUUCCACCCCUCCACUAGCUAUAGGCUGUGAUCCACACCUUAACCCAGCCAGUGACCAGAAGGAGGAAUAUGCUGACCCAGCCAUAAUUCCAGCGGCAGAUGUACAGAAUGAAAGGCCAGUUGAACCUGUAGAGACACUGUGUCCAUCUCCUGGAGAAUCCACAGCACUGCUGUCUUCAGACAACAGCCCUUUAACACCAUACAGAAGCCAGAGUUCCGUGGAAGCUCCAGCCCCAAGGACCAGUAAACAGUGUAAGCCCCUGCUUCCAGAGAAACAGCAAGAGAAGACAGUCACUGUUUACGUCACUUUGGACAUGUUUGAACAAGGCCAGGGUAGGUGAGAGAAAGAGAAGCGAUAACAACAUUCCAAGUAUGGAGCUAAGUUGUUCAGGUUUGAAUAAAGCAGGAGUGAUUUAAUCUUUCCCAAGACUUCCCCGGUCAUGUGUAGCAUUAUUCUGCUUUGCACUGUGGCUUCUGUGGAAUGAAAGUAAGGAAGAGUGAUUGUAAUCUUAUGCUGUUUCAGACUAUAUCGCUCAAGUAAUAUAAAGUGAUGUUUUUGUGUAAAUAAGUACAUUUUGUUACUGUAUAUUCUGGAUUGAUACAAAUGUGUAAUAUUUAUAGCAAGACAAUGUGUUUAGUAGCUGCUAUAAUGUAAAGCCAAUAUUUUUUUUGCAGAAAUAUGAUUAA